AUGAACGGGGUGUGGCAGAGGGCCGUAGAGGCGGCCCUAGAAGAGCAGGCGGACCCCAAAGCGCCGCCGACGACGCUUACCCUAGAUGGGGCUGUGAAGUGCCUCCACGGGUGGCUACCGUCGCCGCGAUUGCUGGAGAAGUUCCAGAGCCUGGAGCACCUUUCGAUCGCCAACGUGGGGGUCUCGUCCCUCGAGAACUUCCCGCGGCUGAGGAACUUGCAGCGUCUGAUCCUGUCGGACAAUAGGAUAGCGGGAGGACUGGAGUUCUUGGUGCGCGCUGGGCUGAAUUCCCUCCGAGACUUGGACCUCUCCAACAAUAGGAUUCAGUUUCUCCAGGAUCUUGCCCCGCUGGCGCAGCUUCGUCUGGUGUCCCUCGACCUGUACGAGUGCCCUGUCACAAGGAUCAAGGAUUACCGUUCGGAGGUGUUUGGGAUGAUUCGGUCAUUGAAAUAUCUGGAUAAGGUGGACGCAGACGACAACGAGCGACCGGAGACUGACGACGAGGAGGAAGACGACGAAGACGAGGAAGAUGAGGAGGAUCCAGGCAGCGGGGAGAUCGACGGGGAAGAUCGGACGCGGAAGCCCACCAAUGGUACUGGCCACGUAACUGAACGGGAGGAAAUCGUUGAUGUAGAUGAAGACGAAGAGGGUGAUGCCGAUGAGGAAGAGGUCGAGACCGGAGCGAGAUCAGAUGCCAGCGGAUCAGGUCGAGACAUACACCAUCUAUCGAAUGGAUUCCGGGUUGCGGCGUCGGUUUCAGGGCGCAAUGAGGACGAGGAAUCCGAUGAUUCGGAAGCCGAAGAUGAAGAGUACACAGAGGACUAUGAUGACGAGGAAGACUUAGGUGAAGAGAUCCAUGAGGAGGAAGGCGGAGAUGAUGGCGUACCGGUAAUCCAUGAGAUUGAUGACAGUGAAGACGAAGAUGGGAUUGAAGAAGAUGAGGACGUGGAAGAGGUAGAUGCAGAAGAUGACUAUGAUCAACAUCCAGGGAGUACCAGUAAGUUUUCGCCUGGAGUGGGAGAUAAUAAUGACCACGAACAAAGCCAAUGGAUUGAGCGUGGGCAGACUGGGAGAGGGGAUGACCACUUUGUUGAAGAUGAAGGGGAGUCCGAGGACGAGUACGACGAAGAUGAGGUCAGUUAUCAUUUCGAAUUAGCUUGGUUAUUUUUCGCAGAAUUCCCAAAAGAAAUUCUUUUUCCCUCGUUAGUAGCAAGAAUAUCACUCGGCCUAUCAUCUAUUUAUCAUGCGUGUUCUCUUACUUCAUAUGUAAUUAAGCAGAUUUACUUCCGGUACAAGUUUCAUCUCAUUCUUUUGCCCAUUGUGUUGUUCCUUUCAGAGGUUCAAUGGCCCAUGAGUCUGUAAAUUUCCGGGCAUGGUUGAUUUUUAUUGCUACUUUAUCUCUUUCUCUGUAUUGGCAGUUCUUAUGAGGAUCCGUUGUUUGUAAUAGAAAUCAUUAAUUUUUGUACUCUGCCAAGAACAGAAUCUUCUGCAUAAGAGCUCUGCAGGAAGAAAUUGUAAAGCUAAAAUCAACUUUUUAGUUGGUUUUUUGUUACUGCGGAUAAGCAACUCUUUUCGAGCUCUCACGGUUCAGUUCCUGAUGUUUUACCUAUUUUCAGGAUCACCACAUCAAUAAAUCCGAGAACUUUUGUGUGUCAAGAUUCCCUUUUAGAUCAUUGUUAGUUUUAAAUUGCUUAUCUAUCUUGGGAAUUCCAUAGAAUAACUUUCUGCUGCUGUUGGGGCGGACGCUACCCUGUCUGUUGUGAAUAUGUUUCAUGUUUCUGUUCUAACAUGCUUUAUUAAAAGACCCGAGAGAAACUCAACCUCGGGCUCAUUCCUGACUUCUGUUGGUCCUCGGUAUUAUCCCUCCAAAAGGAGGAGGAAGCUAAUUUCAACUUUUUUUUUUUUAUCAUGCCUACUUCUAGAGAAGAUCAAAGAGAAAUUGAUUCGGCAGUUUUUGAUCAUACUUGUUGGUCCUUUGCUUCGGUUUUAAGAACUCCUUUUGAAAGUUUGCCUUAAUGGAAUUAUAUUUUACUAUUUUUCUUAGAAAUCUGUUCAGUGGUUUGCGAUAUGGGAUAGUCCUCUACUGAAAAGUUCCAACCCUGAGUGGGCACCUCGUGGAGAUGCCCUUUUUUGAUAUUUUUUUAAUCUUGCAGCAGUAUGGUGCUAUGAAUUUUAUUUUCCCUAGCUCGCACCGUAUGAUCGAUGGGUUUCUGAUUCCUGUUGGUAAUGAAGCAUGAAGUGUUUCCAUUUAUUAUGUUUACUCUGUGUGUGUGUGUGUGUGUGAGAGAGAGAGAGAGAGAGAGAGAGAGAGAGAGAGAGAGAGAGCUGAAUGGUCGUUCUUCUUCCUUGUUUCCUAGAAGCAGCGAUCUCGUGGUGAUUUUGUUCUGAUUAUUCCUCAUCUUUUAUCGGGUGAUCGAUCUCAGGGGCUGGACGAGUACCUGGUUCAGCCAAUCGACCAAGCCGAGGAUGCUGUUAGAGGGGGCGAUCUGGAAGCUGGCGACGAAGAGAACAGCGAACAGGAGGAGGCGGACGAUGAUGGAGAUAUCCGGCGAGAAGCCCCCGGCAAGAGGAGUAGGGACGAGGAUAAUACUCUCGGCGGCGGCUCUGUGGAGGACUCGAGGUUGCCCAAGCGUCGCUGA